GCACACACUGCCGAGAAAGGAAUUAUACGCUGUUGAGGUCGUGCGUUAGAUCAAUAUGGCUGACAUCAAACCACCGUUCACCGAGGAGUCGGCGAGAAAGAAGGUCAAAGCAGCACAGAAUUUGUGGAAUACCCAAGACCCAGUACGUGUUGCUCAAGCCUAUACACCAGAUUGCGUUUGGCGCAAUCGUACUUCAUUUUUCUCCGGGACGGAUAAUAUCACCUCUUUCUUAACUGCAAAAUGGAAACGUGAAGCAAAUUACAGGCUUCGGAAGGAGCUGUUUUCCUUCACUGACGACCGUAUUGCGGUGCAGUUCUGGUAUGAAUAUCAAGAUGUUGAAGAUGGGAUGCGCUGGAAGCGCUGCUACGGCCUCGAGGACUGGACCUUUGACCGAGAGACAGGAAAGAUGAGGAAAAGGAUGAUGAGUGGUAAUGACCUGGUCUUGGGACCUAAUGGGAACGGGGAAGGGAGGUGGUUUGUCGAUGGUGUUGAUGUUGAAGAUGUGGUGAUUAGUGAGGAACAUUGGUGAUGAGCUUAAAGUCCAGCUUUUAUUGCACGAUUCGACUCAACCGUUGCGCAAUUUUACAAAAGUGACAUGCCAAGUCGAUGAUGACAGCGACCUUCCCUAAUUUCCGACUUUUUUGGCAUAUUGAUUCACACGACGUACCAAGCCCUGGCUCAUUCUUUUAGUUCGAAACUAGUUUACCUGCCAGUUGGGUGAUCGGCAUCUUCUUUGAUUGCCCAGAAGAGCUUAGCUUUAAUGGACCUGUGGGAACUUAUCUGCAGGUGAUGAGCAUGCCUGGAAUGUCUCAUUCGCGGUAUUAGGAUCAUCGUCC